AUGCCCCUCAUCCCGUCAACGAUGACGAUGGGUUCGAAGCCACGCGUGAUCCUGGGGUUGAUGACCUUCGGGCCCCCAGGCACGGAAGCCAAGGGCGCCCGGAUCACCUCGCUGGACGAGUUCAACAAGAGCCUCGACUACCUACAAUCGCAGGGCUACAACGAAGUAGACACCGCGCGGAUGUAUGUUGGCGGCGACCAGGAAGGCUUCACGCGCGAAGCAAAGUGGAAAGAGCGCGGGCUGACGCUGGCGACAAAGUGCUACCCCGCGGAGCCCGGUGGCCAUAAGCCCGCGCAGCUGCGCGCCACGUUGGAGAAGAGCCUGAAGGAGCUGGGCACCGACACGGUGGAUAUCUUCUAUCUGCAUGCGCCGGACCGGAGCGUGCCUUUUGUGGAAACGUUGGGGGAGUGCGACGCCUUGUUCAAGGAGGGCAAGUUCGUCCAGCUGGGUCUGAGCAACUAUGCCGCCUGGGAGGUCGCCGAGAUCUGGAACAUCGCCAAUGAAAGAGGCUGGGUCAAGCCGACCAUCUACCAGGCCAUGUAUAAUGCGCUCACUAGGUCCAUUGAGGUCGAGUUGCUCCCGUGCUGCAGGAAAUACGGUCUGGAUGUGGUGAUCUACAAUCCGCUUGCCGGUGGCGUCUUCAGUGGAAAGUACAAGUCGAAAUCCGAAAUACCUGCGGAAGGACGAUUCGCCAAUGUCAACGAACGGCAAGGCAAGAUGUACAGAGAACGCUAUUUCCAUGACACGACGUUCUCGGCUCUCCAGCACCUUGAACCCGUGGUCAAGCAACACAACCUCACACUCGUGGAAACCGCGCUGCGAUGGUGCGUGCACCACUCCCUCCUGAAAUUGGCCAGCCAGGGCGGCAACGACGGCAUCAUCAUCGGCGUCAGCAGUCUGAGCCAGUUGCAGCAGAACCUGGCGGACCUGGAGAAAGGGCCAUUGCCGGACGAGGUGGUGAAGGUGUUGGAUGAGGCUUGGGAGCUUUAUCUCAAGGGAAAAGAGCCCACUUAUUGGCGGUGA